UUACGGUCACACUAAGUAGUAGUUGCAUAAACAUAGGAAAACAUUAACUAAAAUGUCGUUUAAUAUAAUGCAAAAAGUGACUCUUCAGUGCUUAAAGGCUGACCAACCAUUAUUGACAACAAUAAGAAACGCCAGCAAGAAAACCGGUGGCAGCACGCGCAAUAAGAAGGGUCAUCCGCGUCCAAAACAUCGUGGAUGGCGUGUGCUUGAUGGACACAAUGUUUCCGAGGGAACCAUUUUGGCGACACAGCUGACCACACGUUUUCACCCUGGCCUGAACGUGGGCUUCGGACGAAAUGGCACUCUGUUCGCAAUGGAGCAUGGCAAAGUGGUUAUCACUUGCGAGACAAUUGAUCCCAACUGGGAUCACUCCUGGGUGCAGCGUAACUAUGCUGGAAGGCAGGAUCAAACUAUUUAUAAGAAGUUCUUCAAUGUCAUACCGGAGAAGCAGCAUCAACGUUUCCGUCUCGUAGAGGAAGUCUAAUAUUUUAAUAAUAAA